AUGGCGGAUAGCUCGGGCAAUAUGCUGAAGCGACCCCAUCCCGAGAAUGAUGGAAGCAAUUCUCAGAAAAGGACCCGUUCUAAUGAUGGCUCGCCAGUGCCAGCUCAAGGAGGGGCCACCUCUGGAAAAGUCGAUAUCGCAAAGAUGGUAGCUGAAGCCAGAGCCAAGGCAGAAGCCGUGCGUGCACGCUUGCAAGCCGCGCAUGGCGGCGCGAAGUCCCCCGUUCCUCCGACAGAGGCGAGUCCCAGCCCGACACCACCGGCCCAGAGUCCCGCGAUGUCUCGACUGGAACAAAUGAAGGCCAGAGUAGCAGCAGCUACUGGAAGAGCCAAUGCACCGCCGCAACGACCACCUGCUGCCCCUCCGUCCCAGCAACCUGCCGGUUUCGACGAUGACGGUCUAUCCAAGGCUCGCGGAGGUCUCGACGUCGGUCUCCAUCCUGCGCUGCUUUCCGAUGCUCCGCUAGAGUUUCGUAGUGGAAAGGGCCGCCAACAAUACAAGCCAGGGAAGGAUAUGUCUAAUAAAAAACGACUCGAUCUGUCCGGGCCAUCAAUCGAGGAAAUCAAAAACAACCCCUACUUUGACCCCAGUCUCGGUCCGAAGGCUACUGUUGCAAAGCCUCGUCAGUCUCGAGAGCUCGUGUUCAAUCAGAAGGGCAAAUACAUCCAGCAGGCGGCGGCCCUGCGCCGUCAAGCGCAGUUGGAGGCCAUGAAGAAGCGUAUCGCUGAGCGAGCACGCCAAGCCGGUAUUGACGAGGACAUGGAUGUGGAAAAGAAUUAUCUAGUAUCUGCUCCGCCGGCUAUUGAAUGGUGGGAUGAAGGUCUUGUCAAUGGUGAUUCUUACACCGCCAUUGAUGACCAGGCAAACCUGAAGAUCGACACCCCCGACACUAUCAUCACUCGCUAUAUCCAACAUCCUGUACUCCUCGAUCCGCCGCAAGAAAAGCACCAACCUGUUCAAAAACCCAUGUUCUUGACGCCAAAAGAACAGGCGAAGAUUCGUCGACAGCGCCGCAUGGCAGAACUGAAGGAGCAGCAAGCAAAGAUCCGACUGGGUCUGGAGCCGGCGCCGCCCCCGAAAGUCAAGAAGUCUAAUCUCAUGCGGGUUCUGGGUGAACAAGCUGUUAAAGAUCCCACGGCCGUUGAGGCUCGUGUGAACAGGGAGAUAGCGGAGCGCAAAGAGGCACACGAGCACAUGAACGAAGAACGCAAGUUGACCAAGGAGCAACGGCAAGAGAAGCUGGCAGCACAGCAGGAGAGGGAUGCCGAACUCGGUAUUCACACAUCUGUUUACCGAAUUGACAAUCUGGCGAGCGGCCGAAAUCGAUUUAAGAUCAGCAAGAACGCUGAGCAGAAUGCUUUGACAGGAAUCUGCAUCAUCCAUCCAAAGCUCAAUUUGGUGAUUGUUGAGGGCGGUAAACAUUCCAUCAAAAAUUAUCGCAAGCUGAUGCUCAACCGAAUUGAUUGGACUGAAAAUCCCGGGCCGGGCGCUCCCAAUGAAAAAAGCGAAGGUGAGCCCCUGUGGCUGUCUACCGAAGACGACAAGGGAGAAUUACGCGAUUUCAGUCACAACACAUGCACUCUUCUUUGGGAGGGCCAGGCCAAGAAUCGCGCUUUCAGGAGAUGGCUCGGUGCUCGAGUCUGCGAAUCCGACUCGGCUGCUAGGGAAACUCUGUCGCGAUCCAAAAUGGAGAAUUUCUGGACUAUGGCUAAGAGCGUGAAACCCGCCGAAUUCUAA